CAUCUUUUACUCACCUGACGUUCCUAAAGAAUCUUUGAUGUAUUCUUGGGUAUGAUGAUGUAUGACAAGGAAAGCUCCAACCCACAAAAAGUUGCCUGACGAGGCGAAAAAGUGAGGCUCUGGGUGACUACAGUAGAGUCCAGCUUGCUGCUAGCUGGAGCUAUCUUCUCUCUUGGGAUACAGAGUUGAUUUCUCUCUCUCUCUGUCGAUCGAUGAUGGCUGUUCAACUUGCUUGCUCUUGCUUCCUCACAAAUUUGAGUUCUUGAGUGCCUUCAACUUGGCUAUGUCGUUCGUUGCCUCCAAGGCUCCACGCGUCCUGUGGUUUAGGUCGGUGGCGUCAGUGUCAGUCACGAAUAAUGAGAAUUCUUGACUCAAACUGUCUGACGUCAGUUGCUUUCUCGUGAUUGAAUGAAAAACAGUCACGCCCUGCCACCACGCAUCGCACAACGUUGACUUUUUGUUCUUUUCUUUCUUUCCUUCUUUGGAGGAAGCCAAGGACUUGUACUAGAAGCUCCAGUGGUUGUGAUGGCAGUCAUCUCGACUCAUCUCUACUGGUAUUUCAUCAUCUGCCUUUAUCCCGUUCUCUGCUAAUUGUGUGCUUUUUAACACAAGAUGGGGCCUCUUAUUAUGCGAUUGGCGGUCCUAUUGGCAUCCUGCUCGAGUGUGCUGGGCUUUGGUGCUCCCGCCGCAUUUGUCCGCCAGCAGUCUAGCAGUACAUGUACGUCCACAAGGACCUACAUGUCGACACAGGCAUCGGCGGCCGCCUCCAAGAACACUCUCGAGUACAACGCCAAUAGAAUCCGAAACUUUUCCAUUAUUGCUCACAUUGAUCAUGGCAAGAGCACACUAGCGGAUCGACUGUUAGAAUCCACAAAUACUGUAGCUUCGCGGGAUAUGGAAGCCCAGCUCCUCGAUAACAUGGACAUUGAGCGAGAACGAGGAAUCACCAUCAAGUUGCAGGCAGCACGGGUACUCUACAAGUCCAAAAAGGAUGGAGAAGUUUACAUUCUCAAUCUCAUUGAUACACCGGGCCAUGUGGAUUUCACCUAUGAAGUCUCUAGAAGUUUAGCUGCUUGCGAGGGUGCGCUGCUAGUGGUGGAUGCCUCUCAAGGAAUUGAAGCUCAGACGUUGGCCAACGUGUACUUGGCAUUGGAAAAUGAUCUGGAGAUUAUACCCGUACUCAACAAGAUUGACCUACCCGCUGCAGAUCCGGACCGAGUCAAGACCGAAAUUGAAGAAACCAUUGGCUUGGAUACCAGCAACAUUGUAUUGGCUUCGGCCAAAUCCGGCAUUGGCAUUGAGGAUAUCCUAGAAUCUAUCGUUGAAUAUGUGCCACCACCAGAGGAUACCUCGAAAAAACCAUUUCGGGCACUCAUCUUUGAUUCCUACUUUGAUUCCUACCGAGGAGUCAUUGUCUUCUUUCGGGUCGUGGACGGAGAGGUAAAAAAAGGCGACAAAAUUCGAUUCAUGGCAUCGGCGGCACAACAUGAUGUCACCGAAGUCGGGGUUAUGCAACCACAACAGGUACCCGUGCAAUCCUUGAAAGCGGGAGAAGUCGGAUACGUGGUGGGAAGUAUCAAAGAUGUGCUCGAUGCACGAGUCGGAGACACAAUCUGCUUGGCAUCGCAGUACAAAGAAGCCCUGGCGGCUGGAAAGGAUCCGCCCAUUCAAGCUCUCCCGGGGUAUGCCGAUAGUAUUCCCAUGGUCUACUGUGGGUUGUUCCCCGUAGACGCGGAUCAAUACGAGCAACUCCGUGAUGCUCUUGGAAAAUUACGUCUCAACGAUGCCGCCCUCUCGUACGAACCAGAGUCGUCGGGUGCCAUGGGAUUUGGUUUCCGAUGUGGCUUCCUGGGGCUGUUGCACAUGGAGAUUAUUCAGGAGAGAUUGUCCAGGGAAUACGACCUGGAUUUGAUUCUGACGGCACCCAGUGUGGUAUACAAAGUUAUCAAUGGCAAUACGGGUGAGGAACUCAUUGUCGACUCCCCGGCCAAAAUGCCGGAUCUGAUGCGGGAAGACGAAGCAUUGGAACCGUUUGUGCGAAUGGAAAUCCUGACACCGAGCGAAUACAAUGGCGCCAUUAUCGAGCUCGGACAAGAGCGCCGAGGAGUGUUGAAAGAUAUCAAGUUUCUCACCCCCACAAGAUCGACCAUUGUCUACGAGCUGCCAUUGGCAGAAGUCAUCACGGACUUUUUUGAUCAAUUAAAGUCACGGACAAAGGGGUAUGCUUCCAUGGAAUAUUCCAUCAUUGACUACCGUGCUAGUGACCUAGUGAGACUCGACGUCAAAAUCAACUACGAGACUGCUCCUCCGUUGGCAACCAUCUUGCAUCGAGACAAAGCCCAAAGCGUUGGUCGAAGGCUGGUCAAGUCGCUCAAGGACAAGAUUCCACGACAAAUGUUCAAGGUGCCAAUCCAGGCUUGUAUUGGCGUCAAAGUAAUUGCAUCCCAGUCGAUCAGUCCCAUGAGGAAAGAUGUGCUGGCCAAGUGCUAUGGUGGAGAUCUUUCCAGAAAAAAGAAGCUGCUACAGAAGCAAGCCAAGGGAAAGAAGAGGAUGAAGGCAAUAGGAAAGGUUAACGUGCCACAAGAAGCAUUCAUGGCCGUGAUUAAGCUCGAUAGCGAGUAAGCUAGCACCAUUUCAUACCAUACCG